AUGUUCCAUCCGACAGACCCUUGCCUCCCAACCCUUGACCGCUCCUCCUCCCUCUUCAACGAAAACCUCGCCCUCCUAAUCGCCACCCUCCUCCUCACCACCCUCCGAACCUUAUACAAAAUCUUCAUCCCCCAUACCUCGAGCUCCCAGUCCCAACCAACCACCAACCACAUUCCCUCCCACGUGCACAGUUCCUGGUUUUCCCGCCCACCUUCUCAAUACCUCUCCAUACAUGUAUCCCAACGUCUACACGCAGAUGACUACGCCCUCAUCUCCAUAACCGCUCUCGGCCUACCCAAUCUCCUACUAGCCAUCCUCGCUCUUCACCCGCUUGGCGUGGGAAAGGAUGCAUGGACGCUGCCGGUUGAAAAUAUCGCCAAGGCGGUGCGGUACGGGGUCACGAUCUUCAGUUGCAUCCGACUGCGUUAUCUGACUGUUUUCACGGAAACGCCAAACCCGACGCAAGCAUUGUUCGACAUCGAUCGGUGGUCUACUCUGGAAGCGGCGUCGAGUAUCUUCUGCGCCUGUAUGCCGACCCUGAGGCAGAUGGUGGUUAGCGUUGUAGGCCUUGGGAGGAAGAGGUUCGGCAAGAGGCGGCCGUCCAGUGGCGUCAGUGGAAAGUUCGGAAGUUCAGGUUCGAGUACGGUUGCUCUGGGUAUCAACUCUCGAUAUUCUCGCUCUACAGAGGCUCGCCACUCGGACACUUCCCAAGAGAAACUUUCCGACACAGAACAACCCAACCACGGCCUUUUCGAAGACACAACUGGGAACCAAGGUGUCCGCAGCGGCAACAGCAGCAUUAUGUACACGGUUGAAUACAGCGUUGAAGUUGACAAUACCGCCGCCAGCCAGAUUAUCCCACAUUCUGGACGGCUGAGCCCCCCGCCGUACACGUAUGGCAACGGCCCCCAGGAUCUUCCAGGAGUCAACGAUGGCUGUGAGAACUAUCGAGCUUGUGUGGUGUCGCGGAACUUGGGCAGGAUUGGUGGAGUAGGAGGAUCGCUGAGGAGGCAGAGCAGGAGUCCGAGGUUGAGGGUUGCCGCCUGA